AUUUAUUCCUGGUAAUUUCAUUUCAGAUUGAAAUCAUCUAUUUGUCAUAUUAUAUACAAUGCCUCCCAAGAAAGGUGACAAAGGUGGGAAUAAAACUGAGAAAGGAAACAAAGCAGACAAAAACAAGUCAGAGAGUGGGCCAUCUAAAGAAAAAAAAGGAGGGACAAGUUCAGUAAAAGUAAGACACAUCCUGUGUGAAAAGCAGAGCAAAAUUUUAGAAGCAAUGGAAAAAUUGAAGGCUGGAAUGAAAUUUAAUGAAGUUGCAGCUCAGUACUCUGAAGAUAAAGCAAGGAGUGGAGGCGACCUUGGCUGGAUGAUUAGAGGCUCGAUGGUUGGUCCAUUCCAGGACGCAGCAUUUGCACUGCCAGUUUCUACAAUUGCUAAUCCAAAUUAUACUGACCCUCCAAUAAAAACUAAGUUCGGAUAUCAUAUCAUUAUGGUUGAAGGGAAAAAAUAAUGUCAGCAACGCUGCACAGAAGUAUAAUUUUAGUAGGUUUAUGAAAAUCUUUUUAUAUGCCACUGUGGUAUAUCACAGAUGAAAUCACGCGUGGUCUCAGUCAUUACCCUCUUAAAUUUUUUAGAACCUGACUAUAUUUAGAAGCUGUUUCGUUCAGAACAUUUCACAUCAUGCCACUUUUUUACCUAAUCUAUUAUCCAGUCCACACGGCCUCUGGUAUAGUAUCGUUCUACUGGACUCUUGCAGAGGGGGACUGGCUGCUUCUGGGGCUGUAGGCAAAUGGCGGGCACUAUCAAAUUGCCAAUAGUUAGUGGCCAGUAACGAGACCAACUAGUGGCCGCUUGACUGGCUGCGAGUGAAUACAGCUUAGAUUUAAGCUUGAGUAAAGCUCGUUUGUACGAAACUUUGUUUCAAUACUGAACAAAUUAUGAUGAAUAUUUUAUAUGCUUAGCCAUUUUUUGGUAUUGAAUUCAAUAUUACUUUCUUACCUCAAAAUUAGAUAAGUAAUAUAUAUGUUGAGAAAAACGGCGCAAUAUUUUUUUUCGAUAUAAAUUGAGAUAGACUUCUAACAAUUGAAUACGAAUAACAUUUAAUGCAUAUUGAAUAUUCGAUAACGAAGUAGAGUCACUAUGUUAAGCAAUGAGCUCAAAAUUUUGCAUUUACUAUCACACUUGAUUAAUAUACUUUUAUAGAAAUAUUUAUUUUAACAGGUUGUGUUGCCAUACACAAACGAUCAAUUAAUAAACUUGUAGAAUGAG